CGCACCCCGCCAUGGGGCGCCCCUCGAGCCCGCGACGGCCGCCGCCCGUGGUGCUGCUGCUGCUGCUGCUAAGUGCGGGGGGCCCCCUUCUCACAGAGAGUCGGCUCAUUAACAGCUGUAUCCAGGCCAGGAGGAAGUGCCAGGCUGACCCCAUUUGCAAUGCUGCCUACCACCACCUGCAUUCCUGCACCACUGGUAUAAGCACCCCAUUGCCCUCAAAGGAGCCAUCAGUCCCUGUGGACUGCCUAGAGGCAGCACAGCCCCUCAGGAACACCUCUCUGAUAGGCUGUACAUGCCACCGGCGCAUGAAGAACCAAACUACCUGCCUGGACAUCUAUUGGACUGUUCACCCUGUCCGCAGCCUUGGUGACUAUGAGCUGGAUAUCUCCCCCUAUGAAGACACGGUGAUCAGCAAACCCUGGAAAAUGAAUCUCAGCAAACUGAACAUCUUCAAACCAGAUUGGGACCUCUGCCUCAAGUUUGCCAUGUUGUGUACUCGUAAUGACAAGUGCGACCAGCUGCGCAAGGCCUACGGGGAGGCGUGCUCCGCACCCCGCUGCCAGCGCCAUGUCUGCCUCCGGCAGCUGCGCGCUUUCUUUGAGAAGGCGGCGGAGCCCCACGCGCAGGGCCUUUUGCUGUGCCCAUGUGCACCCACUGACCGGGGCUGCGGGGAGCGCCGGCGCAACACCAUUGCCCCCAGCUGCGCGCUGCCUUCUGAGGCCCCCAACUGCCUGGAUCAGCGGCGCCUCUGCUUCUCCGACCUGCUGUGCAGAUCACGCCUGGUGGAUUUCCAGACCCACUGCCGUCCCAUGGACAUCCUAGGGACUUGUGCAACAGAGCAGUCCAGAUGUCUGCGAGCAUACCUGGGGCUAAUAGGGACUGCUAUGACCCCCAACUUUGUUAGCAACGCCAACAUCAGUGUUGCCUUAAGCUGCACCUGCCGAGGCAGUGGCAACCUGCAAGAGAAGUGUGAACAGCUAGAAGGGUCCUUCUCCCACAACCCCUGCCUCAUGAAGGCCAUUGCAGCUAAGAUGCGUUUUCACAGCCAGCUCUUCUCCCAGGACUGGGCAGGCACUACCUUUUCUGUGAUGGAACGCCAGAAUAAAAACCCUGCUCUGAGGCCCCAGCCCUGGGCGCCCGCUCUUUUCUCCUGCACACUUACCUUGAUCCUGCUCCUGAGCCUCUGGUAG